GCAACAUUCGGUAAAAAUCAAAACAAAAAAUUAAUUGCAGAUCGAAGAUGUUUAAGAUAAUUGUGCUUUUUGCGUGCCUUGCUGUUGUCGCUUCGGCACAGUACUACGGAGGAGAUCACGGCCAUCACGAGGAUCACCACCAUACCCACCCGAAAUACAAAUUCGAGUACGGGGUAAAGGAUGGACACACUAAGGACCACAAAAGCCAGUGGGAACAUCGCGAUGGAGAUCUGGUGAAGGGACAGUACACUUUGGAUGAAGCUGAUGGAACUCAUCGUGUUGUUGACUAUACUUCAGACCAUAAGACCGGAUUCCAGGUCCAUGUGCAGCGGAAGGGACAUGCCCAUCACCCACACGGAGAAAGCUGGGUGAAAAUUGAUCAGCACUACUAA